UGUUACCGAUCUUCCCGGUAACACUGACUGUCACUGGUAUCCCUGGUAACACUGACUGUCACCGGUAUCCCUGGUAACACUGGCUGUCACCGGUAUCCCUGGUAACACUGGCUGUCACCGGUAUCCCUGGAAACACUGACCAUCACCGAUCUCCCUGGUAACACUGACCGUCACCGGUAUCCCUGGUAACACUGGCUGUCACCGGUAUCCCUGGAAACACUGACCGUCACCGAUCUCCCUGGCACCUGUUACCCACACGACUGCUCGGAUGUGUAUGCCCAGGGUCUGACCACAGAUGGGGUGUACCUGAUAUUCCCAGGAGGAUGGUACUCCACUGCCGUACCUGUGUACUGUGACAUGACCAGUAAGGGGGGACCGUGGACGGUGUUUCAGAAGAGGUUUGAUGGAAGUGUGAGUUUUUACCGUGGUUGGAAGGACUAUAAAUAUGGAUUUGGCCGAGCAGAUGGAGAGUACUGGCUGGGUCUGAAGAGCAUUAACCUUCUCACCCAAAAGAGGCCCUACCGCCUUCAAAUCAACCUGAAGGACUUUGACAAUGACACCCGUUUUGUGACUUAUGAUACCUUCUCCAUCUCUCCUCUGGCCGUGUCUCCUGAGGAAGAUGGCUAUAAACUGCACAUCGCUGGAUUUCAGGAGGGAGAUAUCACCAAACCUAUUCGUGACUCUCUAGCAAAUCAGAACGGGAUGAACUUCUCCACUUACGACAACGACAGAGACGUAUAUCCAGGAAACUGUGCAGAGAAAUAUACAGGCGCCUAUUGGUACAAAAAUUGCCACGCAUCCAACCUCAACGGCUUAUACCUGACAGGCAACACAUCCCAGUAUGCCACCGGCAUGGUAUGGUCCACCUGGAAGGGGUUUAACUACUCGCUCAAGGAGAGCGUGAUGAAGAUUGCGGUAAAGGAGGAAGAUUAUGUGGUGUACUAGAUCCCACAUAUGGCAUCAUACGCAUUACCAGAGUGAUGAAAGACAAAGCAGCCCCACCUUUCUGUUCUUCAUUUCCCCUUCCCCUCUUUUACCCCUCCUGUAGCAAUCAGAAUGGCCUCUUGCCCUAUGGUGAGCUUAUGGCUUCCUUUUCUGGGCUCACAGUAUUUUUACAUGUAACGACAUAAGAACACUGUAAAAAUAAAUGCUAUGCAAUAAAUAAAUCAAACUGUUAUCCCA